UAACCACGUUUCCGUUACACACAAAAACUCUGCUUGGACCAAAACAAAAAAAAAGGACGAGACUAGACUUUAGCUGGUCUUUCUCCAAAUCCCUAAAAUCUCUGCAAAAACCCCCAAUUCCUCAACCGAAUCAAUCCGCUCAAUUACUCGAUUCACAUGGACGAAUCGCCGCAGAAAUCUCCGGCGACGCCGAAACGGCGGACCCGGCGGAGACUGGUGCAGUCGACGCUGGUGCUUGUGAAGCCGGCGGAGCUGGUGGAGAACGGCGAUCCGAAGAAGGAGAAUAGCGAAGAGAAGAACGAUCAGGAUGAGGAGUUCUGCGGGAGUCAGAGCAAGAGGAAGAGGAAGCCGGCGGCGGCCAAGAAGACGCCGCCGGUUAAAGCUCCUAAGAAGAACGGUAAGCGAUCGGCGAAUAGUACACCGACCAAGAAGAAUGGAAAAGAUGUGGUGGUUGAAGAUGGACCUCUGAUAAUGCCUGAUUUGAGAUUAGAGGCCAAAUUGAGAAGCGAGGAAAUCUCACGGAUCUGGACGAAGGAAGGAAGGCAAUUACAUCCCUUUUUUGCAUGUUCGAAAGCGGGCAAGAAAAGUCAGGAGGCAACUGAAGUCGAGGGCAGUUCAAGCUUCAUGGGGUGUAAGGAGAAAUAUAUUACUUGUGCCCCAAUUCAUGUGUUUGACGAUACUCAGGACGAUGCUGUGUUUCUUGAUUGGAGAAAUUGGACAUUUUGUGAGGAAACCAGUCUGACAAGUGGUCCUCAUCAUGAAUGUAUGCCGUCCUCAAUAUUUGAGGGCUCUGUUGAGUGCUUAAAUUUUGAUAAGGCUUCUAGUGUUUCCCAACCGUGCAAAUCAUCAACUUUUCAAAACACAGCCUCUUUAGAUCAGUGUCGUAUUCAACAGGAAUGUGCUCAGGAAACAUCAUCCACAGUCCCUCAGUUUUUGCCUAAUGAGCAAAUGAGGUGCUAUCAGCACUCAAAGGAAGUAGAGGAUUGUGAGGUUGGUUUGUUUUCUGAGCAUACUGGUUGCAUGAAGGAGUCAGAUAUUGAGCAGCAGAAUACAUUUCUGGAGGAAAGGAUGUCAAACAAUCCUGGUUGCUGUGAUCAAUCUGAGAAUAGCUUAUGGACUUAUAAGUACCAGCCAAAGAAUGCCAGGGAGGGUUCUUCUUCUGAAAACUUGAUCAUGCAGGUAUGUGGUAAUAAUGAAUCUGUGAGGUUUUUGAGUGAGUGGCUUCGUUCUUGGUAUGAACGAGAUCUUCAAACUAGUGAAGAUGGUGACAGGCAAGGCAUUGAUUAUAAGUGCACUCAAAGUGACUCAGAAAGUGAAGACGAUGAGAUCUUGAAGAAAAAGAAUGUUCUGUUAGUUACAGGGCCAAUUGGGAGUGGAAAGUCUGCAGCUAUAUAUGCGUGUGCAAAAGAACAAGGGAUUAAGGUUUUGGAGCUCAGUGCAUCAGAGUGUCGGACUGGAGCUACUGUAAAACAGAGGUUUGGAGAGGCGUUCAAAUCUCGCAAGUUUCAAAGAUCAGUGACCAAUGCUGCUGGUUCACAGAACAAGCUUAUUAUGAAGUCUCGCUUUGUUGAGGCUACUGGUACGACAGGCCAAGACUUGGAUGAUGAUGUUGUUGAACUGAUACCCAUAUCAGAUGAAGAAAGUCAUGAUGCUACUGGAACUUCUGGAACAUUUGCCUUCAAGGAGGACUGUUGCAAAGAUAAACUUGUUAUACUUUUUGAGGAUGUGGACAUUACUUUUCAAGAAGAACGUGGUUUCAUUGCAGCAAUUCAGCAGAUAGCUAAAACAGCGAAUGGGCCCAUAAUAUUGACCAGCAAUAGUCCAAAACCUGACCUGCCAGACAGUUUUGAUAGAUUACAAGUGCAUUUCAUGUUGCCAUCAUCAGCGGAGCUGUAUUCCCAUGCAUAUAUGGUUUGUGCUGCAGAGAGAGCCAGCAUACAGCCCUAUUUACUUGAGCGAUUUAUUGAAUGUUGUGGAGGAGAUAUUCGGAAAAUUAUUAUGCAUCUUCAGUUCUGGUGCCAAGGUAGAAGUUUUAGAAAAGAUACAAAAAUUAUGCGAGAGACAUAUGGUUCAUUGCUAUUUGAUGUUGAGGCUGGUCAUCAGAUGCUGCCAAAAUUAUUACCUUGGGAUUUACCUUCUCAGUUAUCUGAUUUAGUAGAGAAAGAGAUAACCAAGUCAUUAUCAAUGAUGGAAGAAGGUUUAAGCCCAAUGGAGGUAGAUGACAAUAUAGAAGUGCAAUGUAGUUUGAACAUGGCUUAUAGUGAAAUGGAAAAUAUGGAGGCCAAGAAGGUAGCAAUGCUGAGCAGGAAUGGCUAUACUCAUGAGUGCAGUGAGUACACAGCAACUGAUACUGCUCCCGACUUUUCUAAUGAUUCAAGUACCUCAUUUCCUUUCCCCCGGCGACAUGUUCGGAGGAUGCAUGGUGUUGUAUUGUCUUCUGAUUCUGAAGAUGACUUUAUGAAGAAUGGAUAUCCUACAGUUACAGAUAAAGAUACUAACCAUGAAAUCCUUGGAGUUGACUCAUUAUCAGAGAUGCUACUUUUUCCUGGAGUGACGAAUAUAGAUAGAGGACUUUAUGACUGUUUAACUGCAGAUGAAUUUCCCACAAGUGAAAUGUGCAACUUCGCAGAUAUAUCCUGUGUGCCAGAAUCGUCUUUUGUUCCCGAAACUCAAAUGGAUAAUGAAACAGAUUUCUUAUCUCAAACAAUGUCUUCUGGUCACUUUGCUACAGCUAUAAAUGAAGUAUUUUUGGGCGAUGAAUUACCAGUUGAAGACAAUAAUGGAAUAGAUCUGUUGUCUCAAACAGUGUCUUCUGGCCAUUUUGCUAACACCAUGAAUGAAGUACGUUUCGAUGAAGAAUUACCUGUUGAAGACAACAAUCCUGCUCAAUUAAAAUCAGGAUUACAGAUAAAUUUUGAUAAUGUGGGAAAUAAUUGUGAUGCCAUUCUAGAAUAUUCUCAUCAGGAGUUGGAAGAUUCUCAAAGUGAACAUGGGGAGACUGUUGCAAGAGCUUAUCAAUUGAUGGAUGAGUGCAGCCGCAUGGAUUUUAAUAAGGGCUCCAAGUUUAUACAGGAGAAAAAAACCUCAGCAGUCAGUGAUCUUGUUCAAGAUUCAUGGAACAAAAUUCGUGGAUGGCGCAAUGAUCUAAGGCAGUAUGCUGCAUCAGAACAAGAGGCCUCUCAGAUUGUUAUGCUUGCUUAUAGAACGAGCAAUUUGAUCUCGGAAACUGACAUGUUGUUUUCUAAAUGCCAACCACUAAUGAGUGAUUCUGUGGAACCAUCAAUGAUCUCCUCUGAUGAGUCGGAUUCAUUCAGCUGGUGUGAUGAGCGGUUGCUAUUGGCAUCCACAAUUGCCCAGCAUGGAUUUUGCUUCUACGCAAAGGGCAUUUCUUCAGUAGGAUCAAAUGUAGGUUGUGUGAGGAGGGUGGAUAUGGAUAUAGCCUCUGAGAUGUUGGCUAACACAACUAAUAUGAUGGCCUUAUGUAAGUUAGUUGGACAGGGUAUGAGAACAAGUAAAACAUCAUAUGCUGGAAGAAAUUCAGAGAUUAGUCAGCCAAAUGUGAUUACAAGUGAAAUCAAGUCGCAUAUAUUUGAUGCAAUCCAGUCAAUUGUACCUUCCAGAUUCAACUUGACAUUGAGAGGCAGUGCAUACCUCGAGUAUCUUUCCUCACUUCGCCACAUUUCAAGAUCAGAAGCUUCUCGUUUGUCAAAAGGCGUCGAGAUGACCACAAGAAGAAGAAGGAGGAGGGUUGCUCCACACUACCUGAGCAGUGGUGCAAGAAUGUUGUCUGCUGAACAGUUAUCAUUGCUAGAUCAGUAUAACUUACGUGGGAAGACCACCACCUCUUCCGAUUAACUCUGAUGCAAUUCAUCAGAUAGAAAACUAACAUAAUGUUAUAGUAACUUCUGAAUCUCAAUAAGGUAGUCAGGUUCAAUAAGGCUGCUCUAGAAAGACCCGAAAGGAAUCACUAUGAAGGCUUGAUAUUCACUUGCAGGAAAGGUGAGUGUCCUAAUGUGCAAAUCCCGCUAUGGUUCCUUCCCAUUUCCCUCAUUGUAACGCUUAGAGUGAUUAUAUUUUAUUAUUUUUUGGAGCUCCUAGGUAUUGUUUAUGUUAGUAUGUAACGCGUAUAUAUUUAAGUGAAAAUAGGAAAAGAGUAACCAGGCAACUUCAGUACAA